AGUCUUGAAUGCUUAAUUUUUUACUCUUGAAGUUCAUUUCUUUUCAUAGAUGGAUGAAACUGAAAUCAGGAGUUUCUUUGCCAGAUAUGGCUCAGUAAAAGAAGUGAAGAUAAUCACUGAUCGAACUGGUGUGUCAAAGGGCUAUGGAUUUGUUUCAUUUUAUAAUGACGUGGAUGUGCAGAAGAUAGUAGAAUCACAGAUAAAUUUCCAUGGUAAAAAGCUGAAACUGGGCCCUGCAAUCAGGAAACAAAAUUUAUGUACUUAUCAUGUGCAGCCACGUCCUUUGAUUUUUAAUCCUCCUCCUCCACCACAGUUUCAGAGUGUUUGGAGUAGUCCAAAUGCUGAGACAUACAUGCAGCCUCCAACCAUGAUGAAUCCUAUAACUCAGUAUGUUCAGGCAUACCCUCCUUAUCCAAGUUCACCAGUUCAGGUCAUCACUGGAUAUCAGCUGCCUGUUUAUAAUUAUCAGAUGCCACCGCAGUGGCCGGCUGGGGAACAGAGGAGUUAUGUUAUACCUCCGGCUUAUACAACUGUUAACUACCAUUGCAGCGAAGUUGAUUCAGGAGCUGAAGUUUUGCCAAAUGAAUGCACAGUUCAUGAAGCUACUCCAGCCUCUGGAAGUGGCCCACAAAAGAAGUCUGUGGACCGAAGCAUACAGACAGUGGUCUCUUGUCUAUUUAACCCUGAGAACAGACUGAGAAAUUCUCUUGUUACUCAAGAUGAUUACUUCAAGGAUAAAAGAGUGCAUCACUUCAGAAGAAGCCGGGCAGUGCUUAAGUCUGACCAUCUUUGCUAACUUAGUAGUUAAGGCAGCUUGUUGUUGACUACUAAAAGAGAUGGAAUGGUUUUCACUAUUACAGAGGGGUUGACAAAUCACACUCAGACUUUGUAUAAGAGUUCUAUUAGAUUGCUUAGUUUUAUGUUGAAUCUGUUCAUUAGAUGUUUAUAUAGAAACUGGUUUUGUGUUCACUAUAUAGUUGAAAGAAAAAUAAUUGCAAGUAAAAAGGAUAAAAAAUAAUUUUCAAAUAAUUGAAAAAUAGCUGAAAGGAAUAACUUUUAAGACUUAAAGGACUUUUAAUUGAAAUUGGCAUUUUAAGAGUUCAAAAACAAGUACUAAUUUUCAAGAAAAAGAUUUUAUAAACCUGUUUUGAAAGGUCAGAAUUUUGAUAGACUACAAGCAUUUCACUUCUCAAAAGGUACCUGAACAGUACAGUAUUUACAGUAUUGUACUUUACAUUUGUUAUUUGUCUAAACAUUUGCCACAAGAGCAGAAUUUUUAGAACUGCAUUUUUAAUCAGUGGAACUCAAUAUAUAGUUAGCUUUAUUGAAGUCUUCCUUAUCUAAACCCAGGAAAACAGAUUCUUAACAGUCCAAUCAGUGGGUCUUACAUUUAUACAAAAUAUUUUACCCUAUAGCUAGAAUCCACACACAUACACAUAUCCUAUUUAUUUGUUUGGGAUGGUAAUUAGGAUAUCUAAAAUUCUGGGUAUAAUUUUGUUUAACGAAUCCGAGACAAAAACUAAACUUUGCUAGGUGUAUAAGCUAUUCUCAGUGAGUUAAUACUCUUUUUUUCUUAAAAUGCUGAACUGAAUGGCUGUCUUAAAAUUGUGCAAAAUACUGAUAUUUAAAGUGCUGAAAAUUUUUUAUGUCACUUCAAAGUUAAUCAGAGUAUCUGAAAGAAAUUUUUAUAAAAACAUUCAAAAUAUAAGUUGUUACAGAGUAAACAGAUUUUUAGUUUUGUUAGUCUGUUGUAUUUCCUUUUGUAAAGAAAAAUAUGUCCAAAACAGUCAAAGUAGGUAAUUUUGACAUUUCUAAACCACAAAAUUUGUUUCAUAAUUGUAUCCCAAGAAGGUGGUAGUUUAUCUGUUUUUAGAUUAGAUGGUCUCCAUUGGACAUUAUGCAUGGUGACAGCAGAGACCCUUUGUGCCCACAGUCGUUUGCAGUCUGUACUCCCAUUCUGUCAGGGUUUGUUCCAUGGUAUAAAGUAAGCAAGUAACCCAUAGGAGCAGUUCAGGGGCUAAGCCUUAGAAUGUAGCAUGGGACGACAGUACCUUUCUGAAGGACUCAAUUGGAUGGACACCAUCUGACCUGCCAUGGACAUGAGUUUUAAAAUGCCUUGUAUUAGCCCUUCCCUCAAACACGGAGAUUCCACUUAACCCUAACUUAAGGGAACCACCAUGGGUCAUGUCACAAGUGUCCAUAAUGAUCUUCAACUCUUAAUUUUAUUCUGUAUCUGAAGGACAAAAUCUUUUUAAGUCACCAAGAGGUCAGUAUACCAGAAAAGUAGAAAGUAUCCCGAACUUUGUUCUUUUAUUUGUCCCUUGUUUAUUUCAGUGUAUUUGUAUUUUUGUGUGAGAUUCUUACAUGUAUCACUCUGAUUAAAUCUCCAGCUUACUAUGAAUGAUAACCUAAAUUCUAAAGAACAAUUGUAAUUGUUGCUGUAUGACUUUAAGGAAAAGUAAGGGAAUAAACUUUCAUCUGCUGUUCUGUUGGAGUCAAGUAUUUAAGAGAAGGGAGAAAGAAAAGUACUGAACCUUUCAAAAUGGAAGAUUAAUUUUAAACUUAAAAGUAUGUUCCUAUUACCUAUUGCUGAUAAUAUCUUUGCAUAAAUGAAUAAAGCUUUUUUU